CUGCCCCAUUUGAAAAUUGAAAAAUUGAAAAUUGAAAGUCGGAAUCGUCUUUUAUUUCAACUCCACUAAUCAGUUUCUCAGUUUCUCACUAGCGGAAGAAGCUUAUUGCCAUGGAAGAUCAUCCUCAUGAUGAAUCAUUCGACCUUCAAGAGAUUCGCAGCCGCGUGAAAGAGCUCGAGUACCUUCGCCGUAAUUGCAUAGACGAAACUGGAGAAUCGGUUCCUUCUUUGGCCCAAGAUUUCGCUCUUGAGCUUGAGACAAAGAUGAAGAUUGUUGAAGAUUAUUAUGACCAUGAUUUUGAUUCAAUGGAUGUUGAAGAGUCAGAUGCUUACUUGGAGUAUUUGAGAAAGGAGCUUCAUUCUGCUGAGGCUCAAACCGCCAAGGUUUCUCAAGAAAUUGAACGUCUUUCUAUCUCUCAUGCCCAAGAUUCUACUAGCCUGGUAUCGGAUCUGGAAGGUCUUCUUUUCUCCCUGGAUUUUCUCUCAUCUCAGGAUGUGGAUAAGUCAAAAGAGAACCUACCAUCCAGCAUCCCAAUGGAAGUAUUUGAUGUGGAUUAUGACGACAAAUUUAAGAUGUUUGAACUUGAAAAUCAGAUUGAAGAGAAAAAGGCGAUUCUCAAGUCAUCGGAAGAUCUGGAUUCUGUACGUAAAAGGCUUGAUGCUGCAGAGCAGGUCGAGGACGCAUUCGCAGGCUUGAAGGUCCUCAAGUUUGAUGAAAACUUCAUUACGCUCCAACUGCGAACAUGUAUUCCAAAACUAGAUGGCUUGCUUGGACAGCACGAACUUGUGCACAAUACUCAACCAUCUGAAUUGAUCCAUGAAUUGCUAAUUCAUCUUAAGGAUAAAACUACAGAGAUAACAAAAGUUGAGAUGCUUCCGAAUGAUGUAUAUAUAGGAGACAUCAUUGACGCUGCUGAUUCUCUCAGGCAGAUAACGUUACAUUCUGCAUUGCCAGAGACAAGAUCUUCACUCCAGUGGCUUGCCGCCAAGGUGGAAGAAAGAAUAAUUUCGGCCACUUUAAGAAAAUAUAUGGUUAAAAGUUCAAAAACAGUCAGGCAAACGUUUGAAUACUACGACAAAGAUGAAACAAUUGUGGCUCAUAUAGCAGGAGGUAUCGAUGCAUUUUUAAAAGUCUCUGAUAGUUGGCCGCUGCUGAAUUCUCCACUCAAGCUCGCAUCUCUCAAGAACUCUGAGAAUCAUUCAAAUGGAAUUUCGCUGAGCCUAAUCUGCAAAGUAGAAGAACUAGCGAAUUCACUGGAUUUACAGACCCGGCAAAACUUAUCAAGCUUUAUGGAUGCUAUUGAGAAGAUACUUGUGCAGCAAAGUCGUGAGGAACUCCAUUUCAGUGAACCUUCCCAAAAGUGAGUACCAAGAACUUCCUCGACUCCAUAACCUAACAUAUCUUGACAAGUUUGUGCGGUUCGUCUUCAGUUUAGAUCUCCAUAACGUUGUAUUCGUUUGCUAUCUGCAACUUUUUGUUGUAAUACUUUGAAAUAACUUCUGCCACGGUCAAUCAUAUCUAAUGAUGGAGCUUGUUGUUGCUUGUUACUUAUGAAAAGAGCAAAUGUUAUAAUAGAUUUGACAUAAGAGAGCCAAAA